AUGCUAUGGCAUCAAGGUUUUAUUUUAAAACUGUAUCAACUCAAUUGUACGUAUGCUUAUUUAUUUUGGAUUAGUAAUUAUUUUAAAGAUCGUACAAUUACUCUUGACUAUCAAGGACAUGUUUCAGAACAAGUUAAAGUAAAUCGUGGACCUCCACAAGGUUCGUGCUUCGAACCUAAAGCUUAUAUUGUAAACCAUUUCGAUUUACCAUCUAUUUUUGAUUGUCCAAGUGAAGUUCAUCUAUAUGUUGAUGAUUUAGCUAUUUUAUAUUCUCCAUCAAUCUAUCUCAAAUAUGCACCGCAAGCAAAUGAAAUUGAAACAAGAAUUAGCACCGAUCUUCUGAAGCUAGCUAACUAUGUUGAAUCAAAUCAUCAACCCGUUAAUAACAAGAAAACAGAAUUUGUCAUUUAUCACAGCAGUUCAAAUUCGAAUUAUCUACCAAGGACAAUCUAUUCAGCGACAAAAUUGUUUCACAUAUUUAGGCUUUCAUGUUGA